ACGUUGUGGUAGGAACAUUGGGAAUAUUAUCAAAACAAAAAAAAACAUUGGGAAUGAAUAGUGAGUAGUGAGAAGCAUGAGAAAUAUAGUGUGCGGUGUAAGAAUGACAUGUAGACUAAAGUACUGACAAGUAUUUUCUCGUCUUCUUAAAUCUUUUUCUUUCUCUAAAAAGAUUACCGAGAAAAUGAAGCAGACAGCCAUUAAUAUUAAUAGUAUCACCACCACCUCUACCAUGAUCACCUCACUUCCCUUUGACAUCGCUAUCAAAAUUGCCCUCUCUCUUCAGGUUUUAGAUAUUUGUGCAUUGGGUAGCUGCUCUCGUUUCUUUAGAGAUAUUUGUGCCUCUGAUUGCUUAUGGGAGCCUCUUGCUAAAGAACGGUGGCCUUCGCUUUCUUCUGGUUCUUCUACGAUGGUACGGAUAAAGGGAUGGAGGGUGAUUUAUGUAAGGUUGCACAGAGAGAUGGCUUAUAAAGCCAUGGUUGUGGUUGAGUCUGUAGAACAUUCUUCUUCUUCUCGGGAUGGCUCACUUGAAGUUGGGCACUAUCAUAAAGCAAUUCAAGAUUUGACAUCCAUGAACCUUUCUUUUAAAGACAUUCAAUUUUUCCUUUUCAACCCUAACUUGAAUGUGCUGCUUCAUUUGGUUGGCUUGCACUAUUGUGUAACUAGCCUUAAAGUACCGGCUGGGGAUAUUAUGGAAGCACUCGUGAGCUGCAAAAUUUCAGAACGGCGGGUGUGUGUAAAAUGGUGGAAAAUUGCGACGUGGUUUUUUGGGUUUCACAUGAGGGAAGAGCCUCAUUCUCGUAGGGUACGUCUGGCUGACUUUAUGAUGGACAAAGGGGAAGACAUUCUUAGAAUUCUUGAAAAAGGUGCUGUUCAUGAGGUCUUCCGUGUUGAGAUAUGUGGUUUAAAUGCAACAACUACUGAAAGGUCUUGCCGGAGUUCAUAGAGCUAACAUGAAUCUUUCAUGUUUCAGCAAUUCAAAAAAAAAAAAACUUUCAUGUUUUAGAGAAACAGAGUCCUGGGUGCUUCCGAAUAAUCCUGCCAAGUAAUGUGAAGAACCGGUGCAGCUGUGAGUGCUGUAUGUCCAUAAUGUGUGCAGCUUUACGAUCAUUACUUGUGGAAUUGUCAGCUUUACAUAUUUGUAUUAUCAUGUAGUCUCGGUAUGUAUUUAGUUCAUAUUAGCUCAAGUUGUGGUGUUUAGUAAAAAGUGUUUAAAUUAAACAUUUUAUAUGGUUGGUGCUA